GCACAGCGCCGUCCUGAUGUCUCUGCGUCUGUAGAAGAAGAAGACGGUCCUGUCUCGUGCGUCGCAGCGUUUCGGAGAAUUAAAGUGGGUUUUUGUCUUAUUGAGAGACUGAAAAAGGAGCGAAGAUGGCGAGGAACGCAGAGAAAGCCAUGACGGCUCUGGCCCGGUUCAGACAGGCUCAGCUGGAAGAAGGAAAAGUCAAGGAGAGAAGACCUUUUCUGGCCUCGGAGUGCAGUGACCUUCCUAAAGCUGAGAAAUGGAGGCGACAGAUCAUCAGUGAAAUCUCAAAGAAAGUUGCUCAGAUUCAGAACGCUGGUCUCGGGGAGUUCAGAAUCCGGGAUCUGAACGAUGAGAUCAACAAGCUGCUCCGGGAGAAGCGCCACUGGGAGAUCCGCAUCAGGGAUCUGGGGGGACCGGACUACAAUCGUUUCGGCCCCAAGAUGUUGGACCAUGAGGGGAAGGAAGUUCCUGGUAACCGUGGAUACAAAUACUUCGGAGCGGCCCGGGAGCUGCCGGGAGUCCGGGAGCUGUUUGAGAAGGAGCCGGCUCCGGCUCUGAGGAAGACGAGGGCGGAGCUGAUGAAGGACGUGGACGCCGAGUAUUAUGGUUACAGAGACGAAGACGACGGGGUGCUGCUCCCUCUGGAGACGCAGCAUGAGAAGCAGGCGGUGCUGGAGGCGCUGCAGAGGUGGAGAGCUGAGAAGGAGGCUGGUGUGUGUGGGGAGAAGGAGGAAGAGGAGAACAUCUACUCCGUCCACAAUGACAAGUCGGAUGAGGAGGAGGGUCAGGAGGAGCAGGAGGGAGAAGAGGGAGGAGUCACCUUCAUCGCUCAUGUCCCUGUCCCGUCUCAGAAGGAGGUGGAGGAAGCUCUGGUGAGGCGGAAGAAGAUGGAGUUGUUACAGCGUUACGCCAGUGAGACUCUUCAGGCUCAAAGUCAAGAAGCCCGAACUCUCCUGGGACUCUGACCCGUCCGUCUCACUCUGACCCGUCUGUCUCACUCUGACCCGUCUGUCUCACUCUGACCCGUCUGUCUCAUUCUGACCCGUGUGUCUCACUCUGACCCGUCUGUCUCACUCUGACCCGUCUGUCUCACUCUGACCCGUGUGUCUCACUCUGACCCGUCUGUCUCACUCUGACCCGUCUGUCUCACUCUGACCCAUCUGUCUCACUCUGACCCGUCUGUCUCACUCUGACCCGUCUGUCUCACUCUGACCCAUCUGUCUCACUCUGACCCGUCUGUCUCACUCUGACCCAUCUGUCUCACUCUGACCCGUCUGUCUCACUCUGACCCAUCUGUCUCACUCUGACCCGUCUGUCUCACUCUGACCCGUCUGUCUCACUCUGACCCAUCUGUCUCACUCUGACCUGUGUGUCAAAUACCUUUGUACUUUUUUAUCUUAGCUCUAUUUUCUAAAUAAAAUUAUAAAACUGA